GCGACUAACUAGCCUUAGGAACUUGGUGUGCUGCCUCCCAGCAGAUAGCCUAAAUCGUGGCAGCCCUUGCAUGCAUGACCCUGCUUUGCAGCAUACGAGUUCAAUUGCAUCCGUAUGAGGCGUAGAGGUAAAAUUCAGUAGACGUAUUUAUUUAAUUGCCCACAUCCAACGUUGCUAGCAAUGUUACCCCGGAACUGCUCGAGGUGCCUGCUCAACGACAGCGAGUCCCGCCAUUCGGCGCGGGGUUGCUUGGUACGCGUUCAUGCUGGACGUCGCCUCACCGAUGGCAGCGGUCGCAACCGAACGCGACCGACGCCGAAGGCACCUUUGCAGCCACGCAAGCCUACAGCACCAGCCACGACGAACUCAGAAAGCAAAGAGCCUGAGCCGAUAGAAGUGCCGAGCAUUGGAUGGAUGUGGCAGGUAGGCAGGAAGGGCGACAACGUCAGCAGCGACGACAACUCCCGGCCGAUGCCGACCGCGAGGUCUACUGUGGCGAACCUCUACGAGGACCGAAUCAAAGCCAAAAAAUCGCUGGGUCAGAACUUCCUGACGGACGACGGCGUGUUGCGGGACAUCGUGGCGGCAGCGGGAGUAGCGCCCGGGGACCUGGUGCUAGAGGUGGGUCCCGGCACUGGCAACCUGACCAAACACCUGAUGACCCGUGGGGCGGUGGUCACGGCGGUUGAGAAAGAUGACACAUUGUACGGCAGAUUGCGAGAGGAGUACCGUACGGAGAUCGACAGGAAGCAGCUGAUGCUGGUCCACGGAGACGCGGUACAGGUGGGCUUGGAGGAGGUCAUUCGCGGAAUGCUGGGCCAGGGCAGGCAGCAGCAGCAGCAGGGGGAGGAGGAGGAGCAGCAGCAGCAGCUGCAACAACAACAACAGCAGGAGGAAGCAACCACAGGGGGGACAGCAGCAAUAGCAUCAUCCUCUCCGGUACCUUCACCGCCUGUGCUAAGUGAAGCUAGCAGCGGGGUUGCUGGCAGCAGUAGCAGCACUGUUGUGGGUGACGCAGGCAGCAGCGCAGGCAGCAGGCAGGAUGUGGCUAGCAGUAGCAGCAGCAGCAGCGGCCGAAGCAGCAGUAGCAGUAGCGGAAAACUAUCAUCGCUAUCCACGUCUGUUGGUCCUCCAACAAGCAAUCGGAAGGUCAAAGUCGUGGCGAAUCUGCCGUACAACAUUACAAAGGAUCUGCUACUGCUGCUACUGCCGCUGGGAGAUCUGGUUUCAGAGCUUCAUAUCAUGAUCCAACACGAGGCCGCCGUACGGUUAACGGAGCGAAAUCCAGGUGGUCCCGAGUGGCGAGCUGCCAACCUGCGCACCCUCUUCUACUCCAAACCCAGCUACCGCUUCCGCAUCUCCCGCCUCCUGUACGAUCCCGUCCCUGGGGUGGACGGCGCGCUCGUCACCUUCGCGCUGGUGCCUCCCGCCCGCCGACCGCACGUGCCCUCGGAGCGGGGCUUCCAUGUGUUGGUGGCCAAGGCGUUUUCGGAGCGGCGCAAGAAGAUGCGCAACAGUCUGCAACCGCUGCACUCCCCGGAGCAGGUGGAAGCUGCUCUGUCCGCAUGCGGCCUCAGCGCCGACGCGCGCGCGCAGGACCUCACCCUGCCGCAAUUCGUGGACCUGGCCUGGCAGCUGCACCGGGCGCAGGUUGGGGAGCUGGAGCUGUAGGGGGCUGCAUGUUAUGGGGCAUGUGAGGUGGUGGGGGCGGCAGGGAGCAGGGGACAGGUGUGGGGCGCCAGGGGCACAUGCAGAUUUACGUGGGCACGCGCAAAGGGGGUUGAGAAGAUCUAACGCGAUCUAACUGGUUGUGUCCUUGACGUAAGUUUGUUUUCGGGGGUGGGCCUUUUGGUGGGAUUGCGGAAGGAAGGGCCGUGUUAAUGGUGGCUCGUUUCCGUGGUAGGAUCGGUUUGGGACCUCUUCUGCAAACAGAGAGGGGCUGUUGGCUCGGGGCUGCGAAGGGUUGCUAGCAUGCUACCGUAUUCUGUAGCUACGAUGGGGCCGCGAAGCCCCGAAACUUCUCGACACAGCCAUUGACCUACAUUGCCAUUUGUAACACACGCGUUAUCAA